AUGUUUUCGAGGGGCGGAGCGCAGGUGCGCACCGCUGCGUCCACUUGGCAAAGAGCCUGUGAGACGCCUGUGGCAAAAGUAACUGUCAAAUGCAAGGUUCCUUUAAUAGGAGCGAUCAGUCCGGCUCCGAGAGUCAUGGCGACUACAGCAACCAGUCAUUACAGUAUCCUCACCUCCAGCCCAUCUAUUGUACACUCGGAGCCUGGGAGCAUGCAGCAAGCCACGGUUUACAGGGACGCGCAAACCCUGUUGCAGAGUGACUACUCGCUGCAGAGCAACAGUCACCCGCUCAGCCACGCGCACCAGUGGAUAACAGCGUUGUCACACGGAGAAGGAGCGUGGUCGUCCAAUCCCCUCAGCGAACAGGACAUCAAGCCAGCGGUACAGAGCACCCGGGACGAGAUGCACAAUUCGGGCAAUUUGCAGCAUCAGUCGCGACCACCCCACCUGGUACACCAGACGCACGGUAACCAUCACGAUUCAAGGGCAUGGAGAACAACGACGGCAGCUCACAUUCCCAGCAUGGCAACAUCAAACGGACAGAGCCUUAUCUACUCGCAACCCGGGUUCAGUGUGAACGGUCUCAUCCCAGGCAGCGGACAGGGCAUCCACCACCACAGCAUGCGCGACGCGCACGAGGACCACCACAGCCCGCAUCUCAGCGACCACGGCCAUCCACCGUCCCAACACCAGCACCAGUCGCUCCAGAGUCAUCACGAUCACUCGGACGAGGAUACGCCGACCUCCGAUGACUUGGAACAGUUUGCAAAACAGUUCAAACAGAGGAGGAUCAAGCUGGGUUUCACUCAGGCGGACGUCGGACUAGCUUUGGGAACGCUGUAUGGAAAUGUGUUUUCGCAGACCACGAUAUGCAGGUUUGAGGCCCUGCAGCUCAGCUUCAAAAACAUGUGCAAGCUCAAGCCUUUGUUGAACAAGUGGUUGGAGGAGGCAGACUCCACAUCUGGCAGCCCCACCAGCUUGGACAAGAUAGCCGCGCAAGGGAGGAAAAGGAAAAAGAGGACUUCCAUUGAGGUAAGCGUCAAAGGGGCUUUGGAGAGCCAUUUCCUUAAGUGCCCAAAGCCAGCCGCGUCGGAAAUUACUUCACUCGCGGACAGUCUCCAGUUGGAAAAGGAGGUAGUGAGGGUUUGGUUUUGUAACAGAAGACAGAAAGAGAAACGGAUGACUCCUCCCGGCGGACCUCUACCGGGUACCGAGGACGUAUAUGGAGACACACCACCGCACCACGGGGUUCAGACGCCAGUUCAGUGAGAAACAAAAUAAGGACCUAUCUUUAUUGACUGCCUCAGUCUUAAUUUAUACUUUCACAUUGAGAUCUAAAUAUGGAACUAUCUUAAACGAUAGCAGCUGCGGUUUAGAAUAUUGAGGCGGGAAAGCAUAGUACAUCCGUCUUCAAUAUUACUCGAAAUUCGUACUGCUGCAAAAGAGGGGACUUGUGUGUUCCCCACACGAGCAAAGAGAGCGAUUGUUCUGUGAAUACCCAGCACUGUGAAAAGACGCAGAUUUAAGGUGUAACCUACUAUUUAACCGACACUUUGAGACGAGAGAAAUGUCCCUCAGACGUGAGCACGGGUGUCCCAGCAGCCAGUUGUUUACAUCUAGACCCGAUAGUACACAGCGACACAUUCACUGCAUUGUAUUACGCAGAAUUAGUAUGCCGCCGGAAAAUGGACUAGUGCGGCAGCGUUUGACAAAUACACGCCAUUUUUACUUAUGUUGUGAGCGAAUGGGGUUAAACAACGAUUCAGUAAAAAAGCAUCAUCCCACAGUAUUCAACUAACCUAUUAUCUUUGGAUCAGUGAAAAUACAUUUACAUAUGUCAUUGUUUUUUUUUUUUUUUAUAUAUAGUAGCCUCUUGUUAUUAUAAUUUGAGAUUUUGCCUAUAUUGUGGUUCACCAAGUCAUGGAGACAUACUGCGAGGUGCAAGGUCACACUAAACAGAUGUUGUAGUCUUGGCGCCAAGAAAUUAGUCUCACACAAUUGAUUGUAGACUCUUUCGCAGUCUUAUCAAUACUACAUUGAAAAAAAAUAAAUAAAAUAAAAUAAAUAAAUAAAUAAAAAUAAUAAUAAAACCCGAGAUGCAGACAGGUCACCGAAAGGCUAGAGAAAAAAGCCUGGCAUUUCAUUCGAUGUAGUCAUAAUAUUACAUAAAAUACAUUUGUUUCACAGGACUCCAGAAAGUGCUGUAAAUAUUGUAUAAUUUUUAAAGAACAUAACUACGUUAUCCUCUCACUUGAGCACUUUUUCUUAUCAUUUUGAAUUUGGAAGAUAUUUUAGCGGUUUGUUUUAUUUUAUUUUUCUCGUUUGUUUAACAUGAUUUUGCGUUUGAGUUGGUAUAUUUUGCCUUUAUAUUUAUAGUCAUUUACCCAAAUAUUGCUUGCUAUCUCUUGCGUGAGUCAGUUGCUUUUUAUCCCACUUUCAGCUGCUUUUUUAUUAAUUAUGAGCUGACUUUACUAUAUGUUAAUGUAUAGUAAACAAUGUUCAGUCUUCAACAAUGUUAGUACUAUUUUCUACCCGAGAAAUUCCAUAUUAUAUAUCUCAAACAUUUGAAUGUCUUUUUUAGUUAUUUUGAAAUAUAAUUUAUUUACACAGUAUAUUGGAUAAUGGGGAAAGCAAAUAAUGCGACCUGCAAUAUUUUCGUUUGUAAAUCAAACGGUUCUCCAUUGUUUCAUAUGACAAAACGUUUUUGUGUAUUUUAUAUUACAUUGCCAUCUUAUAUCAAAGCAUAUCGACUUGAAACACGAACACUAAAUUAUUAUUGUUAUUAUUAUUAUUAUUAUUAUUAUUAUGCUUAAAUAUUCUAAUUUCACCCAACAUCACUGCUAUAGCCUUAAAAGGAAACUUGGAUGUUUUUUUUUUUGUUUUUGUUUUUUGUCUUCAUUGUGCUGGUCAGGUUCGCAUUGACUGUAUAGGGACAUGAUGCAGUGAUGAUUUACUGAAAAUGUAAACACUGGAUUGAGGAACUGAAAAUAUUUCUCCCUGGGGCUUGAUGUAGGUCAUAUGUGUAAAUACAAUGCAAAAUCAGAAAUUAUUGUUAUUUUUUAAUUUCUUAUUUUUAUUUUUUUUUUUGCUUAUAUUUGAAUUGUUGUUUUGGUGUAAAUUUAUUUCACAGAAAUUCCAGGGACAUCUGUUAUUACCGUGCUACUUUUUCUUCAAAAGAAAACAAAAGACACUUUUACAUAGAUUAAUUGUCAUGUAAUUCUACAAAGACUGUGGGAUAUAUUUAUUUGUCUUUUUGUUUACUCUGUCAGAAAGACUCCAUCAAACGUUGAACUGAAUUAAUUUGUGGGUAUAAUAAAAUGCG